UCAGGUGACCCCUGCACCGUGUCGUCUCAGCUGGAAUUGGAAGAAGCUCUUCGCCUCUAUGAACUCAACAAAGACUCUGAGCUCACAAUCCACAUAUUCCCUUGUGUACCCGAGAAACCCGGUAUGCCUUGUCCAGGAGAGGACAAGUCGAUAUAUCGCCGUGGCGCUCGACGCUGGAGGAAGCUUUACUACGCGAGCGGCCACGCCUUUCAGGCCAAACGCUUCAACAGGCGAGCUCACUGUGCCAUCUGUACGGACCGAAUCUGGGGUCUGGGACGACAAGGUUACAAAUGCAUCAACUGCAAACUGCUGGUGCACAAGAAGUGCCAUAAACUGGUGACGGUGGAGUGCGGUCGACCGAUGAUUCAGGAACCAAUCAUGCCCGGCACGCAGUCAAGUCAUCUAGACCCAGCCGAUCAGCAAGGCCCUCAGACUAAAGACUCCAGUCGGAGCUUGGAUUACGACGGAGAGGAGAAAUUGGCACGCAGCAGUAGAGACACAGGGAAGUCUCCCACCAGCCUGGGCCUGGCGGACUUUGACCUGCUGCGGGUGAUCGGCAGAGGCAGCUACGCCAAGGUGCUGCUGGUGCAGCUAAAGAAGACGGAGCGCAUCUACGCCAUGAAGGUCGUCAAGAAGGAGCUCGUCAACGAUGACGAGGACAUCGAUUGGGUCCAAACAGAAAAGCACGUCUUUGAGCAGGCCUCUAAUCAUCCAUUCCUGGUCGGCCUCCACUCCUGUUUCCAGACAGAUAGCAGACUCUUCUUUGUUAUCGAAUAUGUAAAUGGAGGGGACCUCAUGUUCCACAUGCAAAGACAAAGAAAACUCCCAGAAGAACACGCCAGAUUCUAUUCUGCAGAGAUCAGUCUGGCACUCAACUACCUCCACGAGCGGGGAAUCAUCUACAGAGACCUGAAGCUUGACAACGUUCUGCUGGACUCUGAGGGACACAUCAAGCUGACUGACUACGGCAUGUGCAAGGAGGGUUUGAGACCAGGCGAUACAACAAGCACUUUCUGUGGUACCCCUAAUUACAUCGCUCCUGAAAUACUCAGAGGAGAAGAUUAUGGGUUCAGCGUGGACUGGUGGGCGCUGGGCGUGCUGAUGUUUGAGAUGAUGGCAGGCCGGUCGCCCUUCGACAUUGUUGGCAGCAACGAAAACCCAGACCAAAACACAGAAGACUACCUCUUUCAAGGUAUAUUUGAAAAACAGAUCCGAAUCCCGCGCUCAUUGUCAGUGAAAGCUGCCAGCGUUCUCAAAGGUUUCCUCAACAAGGAUCCCAAGGAGCGUCUGGGCUGCCACCCUCAGACAGGCUUCGGAGACAUCAACGGCCAUCCGUUCUUCCGAAACGUCGACUGGGAACUUCUGGAGCAGAAGCAGGUGCUCCCGCCGUUCAAACCCAACAUCUCAGGGGAAUUCGGACUGGACAACUUCGACGCCCAGUUCACCAACGAGCCCAUCCAGCUCACGCCUGACGACGAGGACAUCGUCAGGAAGAUCGACCAGUCCGAGUUCGAGGGCUUCGAGUACAUCAACCCUCUGCUGAUGUCGGCGGAGGAGUGCGUGUGAGAGGCUCGACAUCUGUCCCCGUGAACGCCACCCACUUGCAAACACACACACACACUCACACUCACACCGACCACGUGUGUUUACGCGGCGUCUCCUUGCUGCAUGGUUACCGAGACGACCCAGCAACAUCAACGUUUUUUUCCGAGGGCCUCACAUGCACAAGUAGAGCGCUUUGUUUUUGCCAAAACCAGUCUCACACUCUGCCAUUUAUAACCACUUGUCCUUAAGCCUACCUUGUUUCUUAGAUAUUUUUUUAUAUCAUAUAAAUCUGCUCUGAUCGGUUCCUUCAUCUGGGCCUCUUCAUUGCGGCCGCAAAGUUCUUCCACGGUUGCUGACGGACUGAGCAUCCACUCCUUUCAGCCGACCGGGCAUUUUUAUUAGAGUGUAUAUAAUAAACUACUAUUGAGGAUGAACAUUAGACGGGGCCUUUUUAGCUUCACGCCACACUCACAGUAAUUAGUUCUGUCUAGAACAGUAAUCAUAACACUAUAUAAAUCUAUAUAUUUUCUCAUAUUUUAUUUUAGGUUAUUCAGUCGUAACAGCCUGUGUACAAGAACCAGACGAGUUCUGAGCUUCAGGUCCCUUCUGUCUGAAUGAAGGAAAUGAAACACUAAUAGUGAGUUAAUGCUGUGAAUGAAGUCGCUGAGGGAGAUGGAUGAAUAGCACAAAGUACCUGGACACCGUAGCACAGGUUUUAUUUAGAUUUUUUCUUUAAAAACUUGCUCAUACAGGACCAAAAACAUUUUUCUGGUACUUGUUAGAUGGUACAGUAUGCAUAAGGAAGAUGUGCUGUCCUAGGUCAUAGAAUUUAUAUAUUCAGAUUUUUCUUUUUUCUAUUUUUUUUUUUAAUGCGAUGCCUUUCUGAAACUUUCGCUCUUUUUUUUUUUUUUUGUUCCAUGUGCGUCUUUUUUCUUGUAAAACCAAACCCGAGCAGUUUUGACCCUCAAAUGUGGCUUUAACACUGUUAAUGGAGCCCGCGAUCUAAUUUUGGAAUAAGAUAUUAUAAAGCAAACAAAUGAAUGUAACCACAUAGGCGACGGCACGUUUGUCCGACAAUGCAUUCAUCUGUUACAGUUUAGCUUUAUUGUUACUUUUUCUGUUGAAUCAGAUUUCAUUUUGAUUUUUUUUUUUCACUACAUUGAUUCCAAAAUGUUAAUGGGGGGAGGGACACAGUGUAAACACUAUUGUUUGUAUUCGUUGUAUUUUGCAGAUGUUUUACCAUCCGCUGGACUUUAUUAUUAGUGAUCAAAGAAGAAAAAUGCAGAUGGUAAAAUAAACAUUUUAUUUCUCUCCUUGUGG